AUGUCGGACGAAAAACAUAGUGAAGAAGAAGGAGAAGAGGGAAGCGAAACAGAGGCAGCAACUGAAGAGGCUGAUCCAGAUUGGCAAGAUAAAGAAAAAGCGAUUGACAAAUAUAAUCUGAAAAAUUAUUCAGAAGACUUUAUGCUUCAGGCUAUUGAUUUUGCCGAUGAAACAAACAGAUUUGGCAAAUGUUCCCAUACAUGA